CCUCCCUGUGGUCGCGCGUCUGCAAAUUUGGGGGCGGGAGGCGCGCCGAGGGUCUGACGGCUCGGCCGCGCCGGGACGGAAGAGGGGGCGUCCCGGAGGGCCCCGCACGUGGAGCCCCGCACCGGCGCGUUCGCUCGCACCCCUCCUUCCACGUCCAAGCAUUGUCUGCUGUCCCCUCCUCCUCGAUUCGGUGACGCGACCUCCGGAUUGGGGCAGCACUGCAGCCCCCGGGCUGGGGGACGCAGGAGGGCCGGCGGGAGGAGAGCGCUUGGCCUGAGGCUUUACCAAAGGAAUAGUAGGAGUUUGCAAGCGUUGGGAGGGGGAAGGGGUGCCCCUAGGUGGGAGGCACAACGUGUGCAACGAGCGGCCUGGAGGAGCGCGAGCAGGUGUACUUGGGGGGGGGGGGCAGCUGCGAAGUUAGUUGGGGGAGAGAAGACAAAAGGUGGGAGGAAAAGGCAGAGGCGAGGACCUGAAACGGGUGACUCCCCGAGUCUGUCUCUUGGGGAGGAGAGGGCCCCCUCCCCAGGGAGAGGGAGCAGGUGGGCGGAGCAGAGGCCAGAACAUCCAGGGGGUGGCUGGAUGGCUGGGCGUUCGGCCUGGGUUUACAGGAGAGGCCUGAGGAGGGACAGAUGGGGCAUUGUCCGCAGCUGGCCUCCGCUUCACGGGGCGCUGGCUGGCAGGGGGCUGCAGGGAGCUAGGCGUUCGGAGGAAGGGAGCAAGUUUCGCUGUGACCAGGAGUCCUUUCAGAGAAGGCAGCGGCCAGUGUGAACAGCAGCGGGCUCUGCCCGCUGGGGAUGAUGCACGCCGAAACCUUCGGUCCGAGGCCAGCCCCAGGCUGGGCGGGCCCAGCGCCGAGUCGGGGGUCGGUCGGCCGGGCCCUGUGCACUGGCGUGGCCGCCAAGGGGUGGAGCCGGGACUGGAGGCCUGGGUCCAGGUGGGCGAUGCUGCUGGAUGAUGAGACGGCUGUGGGCAAGCGGAAGCAGGUCACCGGGGUCACUGCAGUCCGCUUGGGGCCGGAGCGCCCUGGGGGCGGCCAAAUGGGGAAUUGGGGCCGGCUUCACGGUUCUGAAAUGCCAAAGGCCGGAGUCAGGGUCUGGCUUGGGGUCGGGCCGGGCCUCUGGGGAGAUGGGAGUGAGCGGUGCCCGGUCGGAGCCGACUUCUGCACCCCCAGCACCAGGCAGGUGCCCGGGGCACAGCCACCCCCACCAGGCCCCGCGGGACCCGCCCACCUCUCCCGGGCGCCUUGGGAAUGGGAGUUACCAAGCCACAGCCAAGGGCGCUGGGGCCCAACCCAGGAGUCUUGACUCCAGCCCCACCCACAGCUGCCCGGCCCCGGGAGGGCAGGGGACGGGCGGCCGCCCGUGUGACCUGGGACAGGUGAGCAGCCCAGCCCUGGCGUGGGGGCGGGGCCCUGUCACUUGGGGCCCUGCCCGCGACUGCCCUCCCGCUGGCUCUCCAUCCCGGGCUGGCUGCCUCUGUUUCUCCCCCUGUGUCUGUCCCUCCGUCUCCUUCUCUGCAUCUGCCGCUCCUGCGUCUGGCUGGUUCUAGUUUUCCUUUUCUCUGUUUCUCUUCCCCGUUGCCUCCCUCAGUAUCUCGGCCGGUCUGUAUUGCUAUCUCGGUCUCCGUCCCACCGACUCCUCCCCCACUUCCGCCCCCUCUCUGGGGCCCCCUCCCUCACCCCCGGCACGCAUUCCAGCCUCCACCCCCGUCUGGCUGCCCCUCCCUGGGGCCAGCUGCCGCUGCGUUGGGUGCCCAGGACGGAGGGAGUGGGCUCAGGCUGGGUCAGAGGUCAGCGUGCAGGCUGGGGCCGUAGAGGGCACCCCCUAACUCCUCCGGAAUGUGGGCGGGGCCGCCCGCCCUCCCGGUUCCCCUCGAGGGGAGGCGAUCACCCGCAGGCUGGAGGAGGAGGGGGGGGGCUCUAGACAGCUGGCUACGACCUUGCCGCACCCGCCCCACCCCCGCCCCCACCCCCUCAGCACUGCCCCCGGGCCUCCCGGAGAAUCUGCACAACCCCCUGCUCCCACACACGGCCCCUGGCAGCCACCGGACCGACCAGCCCGCCUUCUCACCCACGCUCGGAGAAGCGCACCCCUCAACAGCUAAGGGGUAGAUCCGGACCCCACCUGAACGCCAGGCUCCCAGCUGGGCUCUGCCGGAUACAGACCCCCCCUCCCCCCGCCACACACACACACGGACCCCAGCCUACACUUCGAUGGCAGCACAACCUCAGUCAACAGUGUGAUUUUCAAAACAACGGCACCCUCACUCUCACCCUGGACCAAGACCUCCCUUUAGAAAACCGCAAAAUUGAAAGUCACACCGGGCAGGGGCAGGAACUCAGGUCCUCAGAGACUGCGCACCCUCCCCGAAACACAAGCUUGUGGUUCCAGCCACCCACACUGCCCACACACCCUCCCUGGCUGUAGGCCCCCCAGAGGAGCAGAGACCUGCCAAUCCGGAUUGGGGACAGGUGGGGGGGGGGGGGUUGCAUUCACUCACUCGGCACUGAGGAAGGGGGUGUGAGGAUCACAGACCAUUUUCUGUGUGUCCUGCCGUACAAGAAAGACCAGAGAACCCCAAGCGUCUCACUCCCCCACACUGGCUCCAGGAAGCCCUGCUGCAACACCCACUUCUCGGAUGAGGCAGCUGAGGCCCAGAGAGGCACCUGGCCAGCGCUGGCGUUCUAGAGGCAGACAGUGGGGGGACAUCAACACUAGUACUGGGGACACAGAGCCGGAAGGGGUACAGGUGUGCUGCCACAGGACGGGGCACUCUGCAUUUAUGGCACUCCAGGGUUGCCAUGGAGAUGCCCCAAGCCCCAGGCAGGAGUCCCUCUGCUCCCCGCCCCCCCCCCACCUUGUGCCUGCAGGGAGCCUGUGGGGGGCCAAGGUCAGGACAGUGGAUGGGACACGUGGGGGUCAGCUCCUCCCACCUGGGGGUGCCCCUGCUCUGGCAUUUCGCAGGCACCUGACGUGGGUUCUACGCACGAGCCUGAUGGGUGCCCGUCCCUGUGCAUCUGCCACCACACCCGUGCCGAGUUUCCCAGGUAGAAAGGAAGGGGUCGGCGCCCGGAUCUCUGGGGCAUCGUGAGUGCGGGAAGAACAAACGUGUGUAACCCAAGGGGCAGGACGGGCCUCCCACCGGCCUCCUGCCCUUCCACGGGUGGGCCGCAGGGCCCACCCCACAGUCCCCCACAUACUCCUGCACUUGGUGCAGCCUGUGGUCACCAACACCAGCCGUGCACCGCCUGGCCCUUUGCGUUCCUGGGAUGCGAGCGUGACCAGGGUGUAAGAAUGGCGGCCUCCACAUGCCUGGGCCUUGAGUCACAGGGGGCUGCUCCCUGGUGGGUGGGUAUCCCCAUCCCCAGCGCCAGACAUCCUCCUCCACUGUGGACACCCCUCUCCAGGAACAGGAGGGAAAGUGAGGCCAGGAGGCAGUCCCCUCCGGUUCCCCAAGGGACCAAACAGCUGCUGCCUCCGGGAGCUGAUGUCUGCCGCAGGAGACCCUGGCCACUGAUGACACGUGGUGCGCACUUGUGCCCACCCUGCGGGCAUGCGUCACGCCAUCAGUCACCGGCACAUAUGCUCUGUGAGCCCUGGCUCGCCCAGGUCCCGCACACCAGACCUGUCUGUGACUGAGCCCACACCCAUGCCCCUUAUGCACAUGCUUGAGGUCCGCUUGGCUCACACGCAAGGGGUCCCUCGUGUUCCUGCACACGGAGUACCAUGCAGACGGGUUCCCAUGUGCACACACACACGUGUGCGUUCCCUGCACACACUUCCAUACUCGCACGCACACACAGCCCCACUUUCGCGUCCACACAAGCGCAGUCCCCAGCCAUUACCCAUGACUCCGCAGCUCACGGGCACACAUGGGCACCACACCUGGCAACGCGCACACUCAUCCAGUCUCGGCUUCCCCCUCCCUGGCUCUGGGCCCUGCGGAUUUGGGCCGGGCGGGCCGGCUGGAGUCAGCCGGGACGGUCCCACUUGUGCGCCCCCGCCAGGAGGCCUCCAGGUGCACGGUCCCGGCCCCCGCCUGGCCGGCCGGGAGGGGGCGAUAAUUACGCGGCCUGAGGGUCCCCCCACACACGCGCCUUUCAUCCCGGCCACGCCCGUCCGGGACCCAGACGCUCAUUACCGCCUCCCGCCCGGUCAUUAACCAGGGUCGGGGGAGGACCCGGCGUCCAGCGGCCGGCCCGGCGGGAAGGCGGAGGGGGCGCCGCGGGAGCGAGGUGACCCCGCCUCGUCUCCAGGGCGACGUCCGCGGGUGGGGCUCUCAGCGCCGGAGGUGUUGGACCUCUGGGGGGCGGGGGGGGGAGUGGUCUCGGAGGCAGGCACGGCGGCCGCCCGGGGAGAGGCGAUUUGUAAAAGCGCCGACGGGGGCCUCACGGCCUAAUCCCAGUCCCGCCGGGCAGGCGGCGAGCACUGCGCGUCCGGGCCGCGAAUAGCAGCCUCUCCCGUGCCCCGGGCUAUUUUGAGCCGCAUCCUCCCAGCCCCGCCACCACCGCCACCCCAUCCCCGGCGCACUGGCGGAGGCGCGGGGGCAGGCCCGUGGGCGGGACGAAGGCUCCGCCCCCCCAACGCUGGAGUCCGCGGCGGGACCCGGAACCCCCGGCUGGGGCGACAGCGAGGCCGCAGCGCCCCCUCGCGUCCGCGGGGAGAGCGUGGCGCAGCGGUCACAGCAGCGAUGAGGUCUUCCCUACCUCCUGGGAGCCCCCCGCCCCCACCACGGCUACGCAGAUGCAGGAAACCACAGAAACACAGGCCGCCAUGGCAUCAGACGAAGGCAAGCUUUUCGUCGGAGGGCUGAGUUUCGACACCAACGAGCAGUCGCUGGAGCAGGUCUUCUCAAAGUACGGACAGAUCGCGGAAGUGGUGGUCGUGAAAGACCGGGAGACCCAGCGGUCGCGAGGCUUCGGGUUUGUCACGUUUGAGAACAUCGACGACGCCAAGGACGCCAUGAUGGCCAUGAACGGGAAGGUCUCCGGUUUCCAGUCUGUGGACGGGCGGCAGAUCCGAGUCGACCAGGCCGGCAAGUCGUCCGACAACCGAUCCCGAGGCUAUCGAGGUGGCUCUGCUGGCGGCCGGGGCUUCUUCCGAGGGGGCCGAGGCCGGGGCCGUGGGUUCUCCAGAGGAGGAGGGGAUCGAGGCUAUGGAGGGAGCCGGUUUGAGUCCAGGAGUGGGGGUUAUGGAGGCUCCAGAGACUACUACAGCAGCCGGAGUCAAGGUGGCGGCUAUGGCGACCGGAGCUCAGGCGGGUCCUACAGAGACAGCUACGACAGUUACGCUACACACAACGAGUAAAAAUCCUUCCUGCUCAAGAUCGUCCUUCCAAUGGCUGUAUAUUUAAAGAUUUUGGGAGCUUCGCUGAAUCGUUCAUGUGUAGUGAACACACCUCCUUGUACCCCACUUUUGUAGUCCUAUCCGUUUUGAUCUUGUCAAACACAGCCUGACUGCUUCUGACCCCCAGAUGGCUUCGUUCCUAGACUACUUUUCUUAAGGAAGCGUUGUCAGUUUUUAAGGGUUUUAAAAAUGUUCUGAAAAGCACUUCAGAUUUUAGUUUUUUUUUUCUUUUUACCCUGAGCCAUAAGUUUUUUAGGAAAUCUUUGGGGGUUGUGUGGGUUUUGGUUUUGGUUGUGUUGCCUUUUUUUGUUUCUCUUUUUAGUGGGGUCGGCCCGUGAGGUCGGGUGCCCCGGUUCACUUCUCUUUAAGAUUCAAUGGACUCUGAAUCCGCUUUUUGCCGGAAGCUCAGCAAGCUGUGGCUUUUUUCCAGCUCUGUGUGCUGUUUCUGCGUGUAGCGUGGUAGGACCCAUGCCGGGGCUGUGGCAGAGGUACCCCGGCCGCCCCGGGCCUGGCCUGUUCGGCCCUUCCGUGCUGUGUAUGACGCACAGCAAGAGUUGCAGAUGUCCCUUCGAGAGGUUCUUGAAAAUGUUUAUUUAUAUUGUCUUUUUUUACCGGAAGACGUAUGCAUAACCCAUUGAUGUUGUAUCUGAAGCGGUUAAGGAAUUCUUGUACGCAGUUUUCUUUGGCUUCACGAAGCCGAUUAAAAGACCGUCUGAAACGAA